GUUCUUAGUCUAAAAUCUCAAUCCGGUGUCUGAUUCUUUCUUUGCAUCGCUCAUCACUUGCAGCUGCAUCCAUUGGUAGUGUAGUCAUGUUGCCUAAAAAGCAUCUAUCUGGUCAUCAGAAAAGAACUAACAAGAAACGAGUAGAGAAGUUAGUUCGAUCUCAGAAAGGGGCUAUGAAUAAAUUCGUGCUGAGGAAGGAUGCUGCUACGAAUUCUGCGCAAUUAUAUAUCACCAAUGGCGAACAACCAGAUCAGACUGAGAAUGCAGUUGAGGAAAAUUGUGCCGAUGUUGAUGCCAAUCAGAGCACCGGAAAAUUUAGUGGCCAUGGAAACAUAGAUGAGCAGGCUUCUUCUUUUGAUAUUUUUGAUCCUAGAACUUGGAAUAUUCUUGACAAUAAAUCAAGAGAUAUUCUCAUUGAAAAAGGACCUACAAGGGAGUACAAUCUUGUGUUUCCCGUGGAUAAGAAAGGCAGGCAUUUUUCAUAUGCUUACUACUCAAGACAGCUAAGGAAUGGUGAGGCCAGUGAUCGGAGGUGGUUAGUGUACUCUAAACAUGUGAAUAAAGUUUAUUGUUUUUGCUGCAAAUUGUUCAAAUCUGAGAACAGCAAAAGUUUGCUAGCAUCCGAGGGAUUGAUGGAUUGGAAACAUCUUAGUGAGAAGCUCAAAUUACAUGAGAAUGGUGCUGAGCACAUCACUAACAUGAAUACUUGGAAUGAGGUAAGGUUGAGGCUAAGUAAGAAGGAAACAGUUGAUAAAGAUUUGCAAGAAGAGAUUGCAAGGGAGAAGAAGCGAUGGAGACAAGUUUUGAUUAGAAUUGUUGCUGCUGUGAAAUUUCUUGCUAAACAUAAUUUGGCUUUUCGAGGAGCAAAUGAGAAAUUAUAUCAAGAUAACAAUGGGAACUUUUUGGGAGUAAUUGAAAUGAUGGCAGAAUUUGAUCCUGUAAUGCAAGAGCAUCUUCGGCGCAUUCAUAAUAAUGAAAUCCAUCAUCAUUAUCUUGGCCAUAAUAUUCAGAAUGAGUUAAUUUCCCGUCUUGCUCGCACGGUUAAAGAUUCUCUCUUGAAGAUAAUUAAGGAUGCAAGUACAAAAAUAGAGGAGUUUUUUCUAGAGUUCAUGAAGGUGGAUAAUACAUCGGGACUUGGACUUUAUAAUGUGUUAAUAGAUACACUUGAAUCUAUUGGUUUGAAUGUUCAAGAUGUUCGUGGACAAGGGUAUGACAAUGGUUCGAACAUGAAGGGGAAAAACCAAGGGGUACAGAGCAGAUUGCUUGCAACUAAUCCAAGAGCAUUGUACAUGCCGUGUGCUUGUCACAGCCUGAAUCUUAGUCUUAGUGAUAUGGCAAAAUCUUGCGUUAAGUCUUUGUGUAACACGCGAUGGGAGAGUCGAAUAAAGAGUGUUCAUGCUAUCAGAUAUCAAGCACCUGAGUUAAGAAAAGCUUUAUUGGAAUUGAAGAGAACUUCUACUGAUGACCCCAAGACUAAGAGCGACGCAAAAUCUUUGGCUAGUGCACUUGAGAAAUUUGAAUUUAUACUGGGCAUGGUCAUCUGGCAUGAUGUUUUGUUCACUGUAAACAUGAUUGAAGGUGCCAUCUCAUAUUUUGAGAAGUACAGAAAUGAAGGCUUUCCUACUAGCUUGGAUAUUGCGAGAUCUAUUGCAAUCGACAUGGGUGUACAGCCUUUGUUUCCUGUAAAGCACCGUAUUACCAGAAAAGACAAUUUGAUGAAAUGA